UUUCAGAUAUGGGUACAAUUACUAGUUACAACCGAACACCACAACUAUCAUGUAUUUCAUCGAUCUUGAUGUACGCACAGUGUCAAAAUAUUUUAACAAACAAGCAAUUACGCAUGAAUUUGAAUCCUAUAUCGAUCAAAUUGGAACAGUUAUCGAAUUUCCCGGCCAAUAUAGUGAUUGAAAACGGUUUCAAGUGUAUAUAUAUGAAAAUUCUUUUCGUAGAUCGUACGAUUGUCACACCAUGCUAUAUUCCAAAUAGAAUCAUGUAUUUCGAAUUUGUUAAGUGUUUCCUCUGUGAGGAAUUUCAACCGAAAGAACUGGUUAAUUUUCUUACAACAAAAUUUCUUACUGUCCAGGUAAUUGGCGUACGAAUUAUUGAACCCUCAAUUUCUGAUCGACCUGACCAUGAUAAAUCGAUAUCAAAAUCAUCUAAAGCAAUCACGAAAGAGGAAUUUUUACUAGGAAUUGCUAAAUUUGAUGUAUCUGAUCUUUUGAGAGGAUUUUGGGAAGUAAAAUUGACAAAUGACUUGAUUCAUCCUUGCAACAUAUUUGCUACCAAUAUUGACCAUACAGAUGAUGAGAGAAAGAAAAUUUCAUGGAAGAAUUCACCUCUUACCUCAGAUAUUUUUACAUCGUACAGUACAUCGAUGAAAAUUAAAAUUCGCCCAACGUGUGAUUUGCGAAUAAUUCAAAAGAAGAUCAUUCGACAUGAAAAUAUAUUCAAUCGAAUAUUUUUCAAUUUGAACGAUUUGAAAUUAGCUAAUGAUAUUUUGAAAGAUGUAUCUCUUCAUAAUUCCAACUUACUGACCAUUUACGAAUCUUCAAUAGAAAACAAUAAUUUAAAAGUAAAAUUUUGAAGUAUAAUUGUAGUUUGAUUUUCUUACCACUCUUUAUAUAUUCUUCUAAUGUCAUACAUACUUAUCAGUUUUAGUUAGUUGAUAUCAGGUUUUGAUGUUAUUUAUGAUACAGACACAGGGUAUGUUAAAGCAUAUUUUAACGGGUUUCGCUAUAGAAAAUUGUG